AUGCUUCCCUCACGCUACGUUAAACAUUCUCCGGCUUCAAAGGAAUCCGUGUCUGUUCAAGUUUUAGUCCUCGGGGACAUUGGCCGAAGCCCGCGUAUGCAAUACCAUGCGCUAAGUGUUGCUAGACAUGGUGGGAGAGUCGAUCUUAUUGGCUAUCACGAAUCCCCUCCUCAUCCCGACCUUCUUUCUAACCCUCGGGUUAGGAUCUAUCCGUUGGCACCUCCGCCAAAUUUAUUAAAGUCUAGGUCAAUUCCAUUCAUCAUCUCUGGGCCUUUGAAAGUAUUGUGGCAGAUAUGGACUCUCUUUCAAGUGUUGGGUUACCGAACACCCCCUGCAAGAUGGCUUCUAGUUCAGAACCCACCAUCCAUCCCAACUCUUGCCAUUGCGCUCCUUAUUUCUAUCUUACGAAAUACCCAUCUCAUGAUUGAUUGGCACAAUUAUGGCUGGACAAUCCUCGCAGGUACCAAGGGGCGGGAUCACCCUUUUGUUAAAAUUUCCAAGGCCUAUGAAUGUGCAUUAGGCCAGGCAGCCCCAACCGUCAACAUUACUGUUACCCAUGCAAUGAAAAAGCAAUUAGAACGGGAACCCUACAACGUCACGGCGCCAAUCCUUACUCUUCACGACCGACCGGCUUCCAUUUUUCAACCCCUCACAUCGUUACCGGACCGUAGAGAUUUUCUCGAGAAGUUGUCGGAGACGAGAGACUUCGCCUCGAAUAUAAUAGCAGGUCAAACGAGACUCAUAGUGAGCAGCACUUCCUGGACACCUGACGAGGAUUUCUCUCUUUUGCUCGAGGCAUUGGUCAAGUACGCCAAGGAGGAAACUGUUCGUCCAAUCAUCGCGAUUAUUACGGGACGUGGUCCCCAAAAGGCAUUUUACGAAGAGAAAAUUAAAUAUCUGCAGAAAGCAGGAAGAUUGCCUAACAUUCGCAUACUAACUGCAUGGCUUACAAUGGAAGACUACGCCAGGCUCCUAAGUUGUGCUGACCUUGGAAUAUGUCUUCACAUGUCUAGCUCAGGCGUGGAUCUACCUAUGAAAGUAGUAGACAUGUUCGGCUCGGGUUUACCAGUCGCAGCUUACUCGGGAUACGAAAGUUUUAGCGAGUUAGUCAAGGAAGGGGUAAACGGAUGUGGCUUCGAGAAAGCAGAUGAGCUGGCUGUUAUCUUAAAGCGGCUAUUUAGCGACGACGGAUCAGCUGAGCUCCAGAUCCUACGUCAAGGGGCCAAGAAAGAGAGUGGUUUACGGUGGGACGAGGAGUGGGAUCGGGUUUUGGGACGUGUAUUUGGGGUCAUCGACUGA